CUAUCUGAAAUAUAUCUCAAAAAAUUUGUAUUUAUAUAAAAAAUACAUUUACAAUAAUAUUAUCAACAUUUAAUAUCAUUAAAAUAAUGUAAAAACAUUAUUUAUCUUCUUCAGAUCAGUUUAUAAUUUUCUUAUGAAAAAAAUUGUGUAAUUAUACGGAAAAUAAAUUUUUCAAAUAAAACGUUAAUAAUUAAUAACGUUAUAAAACAUUAAUAAUUAUUAUACUAUUAUUAAAAUACAAAUAAUAUAAAAUCGUCAUUCUUGUAUUCUCAUUCAGAUCUCUUCUUUAAUUUUCCUCGCAAAUUAAAGCAGAUGUAAGUCAGUCGUCUUAAUUGUUCAAUUACCAUAAGCGAAUUGUUAAAAUAUAUUUUUUCGUAUCUUCUAAUUAAUUAAAAACCUUUAUAAAAAAAUCAAUAUGUGCUAUGUUUCGAAUAGUAUCAUUAAUUGUCGAAUCCAUCGAAUAGAUCCUGCUAUAUUUAUGCAGGGAAUGACCAUGGGAGCGGAAUGAUAAGACAAUAGUUCCCGGCAAGAGUUCCGCAGGAAAAGAAUUUGCGGUCGGGGAUUUUCUUUCCUAUUUUCGUCGCUGAAAGAACGCGAGGAGUGAGAGAGAAAUGCAAGAGAUUAAUGGGAGCUAAAUAUAUAACAUGUGUUUUAUAAACACAUGUGCGUAUAUACUGUGAGAUAUACAAAGAGCCAGAACAGUCAGCUAAGUGCUCAGUAUUAGCGAGCAAGAGUGCGCGGCAGGAAGUAAUCAAUUUGACAUCAAAGAAAUUUAAUCAAACCACCAAUCUAAUAAGAUGUUUAUGAAUCAUCAUCACGUAUUGUCAAAAUCUGAAAAACAAUUAUAUUGUGAAUUUGUUUAUUAAUGUAGAAUCAAUAUUAUUGAUAUGUAGAGAAUGACGUCAAGUUGAUUUAAUGAAGAAAUUCUCUACGACUGGCCAUGUUAUUGGAUAUCUCUAAAAAGUGCGAAUCCAAAGAAAAAUGUGACUAUGUCGAUUCUCAGGAAGAACUUCUUUGAGAAAUUCACUGGCAGUCGUUUAACGCGAGAAGCGCCAAUGAUGGAGACUGCCAACAAGAAGACACCGUCCAUCGUAAUCAACAAUGAGGAAGAACAUGAGGAUAUUUGGUUGAGCGAAAUAGAAAAUGGCAGUAUCUCCUCCGAGGACAGUUCGGAAUCUGUCACGUGUUACAUACGAGCCGCACCGAUGACACAAGAACAACCUUGGAGCAAGGAAGAAGUUGAAGUGGCAUUAUCAAAUCUUCCAGGAGGCGAGACCGCUCUGUCUCUAAUUUCCGUUCUUCAUGGCGAUGCUCUACAAAAGGUUCUGAAAGAAUUUCAAUGCUUGACUCUCGACGAAAAUGUAGAUCUCAGGCAUCGCAAGCUCUCGUUACCCACAUUUGCAAAUGGAUUUAUGCGAAAAGCUCUAUUGGCUAACGAAAACGGAGCAGCGGCCGCCGCAACUCCGGGACAGCUACUUGCAAGAUGGCCAGACACGUGUUUACUGAUUUCUAGUUGGCUGGGUCAUGUAGAGAUUGCGAAAGCUUUGUUGAAUAAAGGCGCACCAGUUUCCACAAGUGACAACGAUGGAAGAACGUCGUUACAUCUGGCAGCGUGCGCUGCAUCUACGAAAAUUGUGGAAGAGCUAUUGAAACACGGUGCUGAUCCAUGUAAGUGGGAUUUCGGGAAAAAAUGCACCCCAUUGCAUUGCGCUGCCGCAGCUGGUUGCGUUGCAACCGUCAAAUGUCUGAUUAAAUCGGGCGCGGAUGUGGAUGCCGGCUUAUCCGGCAGAAGUCCGCUUCACUAUGCCGUGCUGAACAACGCCGGGGAUUGCGUCGAGGCUCUAUUGCAAGCAGGUGCUUGUCCUAAUAAUCCACAGGUUUAUACUGAGACACCUUUGCACGUAGCGGCUGGUCUUGGCAAUGUCCAUUGCACCAAGUUGCUAUUGAGUCACGGCGCAGAUGUGAGAGUGCAAAUGGGAGUCGCGAGAUCAACGCCUCUACACUUAGCGGCUGAAGAAGGCAGCGCGGAAUGCACUAGAUUACUGCUAAACGCCGGCGCGAGUUGGGAAGCGAGAAACUCGCGUGGUCAGACGGCGAUGCACUUGGCGGCGCUUGCCCAAUCUGUAGAGACAAUGGACGUGCUGAUUAGUGUCGGUGCGACAGUAGACGCAGAGGACAAUGAAGGGCGUACCCCUUUACAUGCUGCGGUUGCGAAGGCCCUAAGAGGCAGCGAAUUGAUCAAGACUUUAAUACAAGCAGGCGCGUCAGUCAACAAAGCGGAUAAGUUCGGUUACACGCCGCUGCACAUUGCGGCCUUGAACGAGAGCUCAUCUACGGUGGUAAUAUUGUUGUCAAAAGGUGCCGAUGUGACGGCGCGUACCAAAGGCGGCAUUACUGCCCUUAGCUUCAUCAUACGCCGCACCCCGGAUGUGUUAUCGCGAUUUGUGGCGCGUCUCGAUCAAGCAAUUUCGCUGCACGAUCACGAACUAGGCGAUGUGGAUUGUGAGUUGCGAUUGGAUUUUCGACCGUUGGUACCGGGCGGUCGCAGCGAGACAAACCUAAUGCUCUGCCUGGUAGAGGUCGGUCAGGGCCAUAUGCUAAAGCAUCCGCUAUGCGAGAGCUUUCUUUAUCUUAAAUGGCUGCGUAUUCGUAAAUUCUUCCUGCUCAGUUUCAUGUUUCAUUCGAUUUUCGUCGCUUUCUUCACCGGCUUCGUCGGUGCAACGUAUUUAUGGCACAUGGAGCGGCUGAGCAGUGUUCUCCUUUGGCCAGUCCUAGGUUUCACCUGUGUGCUCGCAGGUAAAGAGAUCUUCCAGAUCGCCCAUGGUAUUUGCUGUUAUGCUAAACGCUGGGAAAAUUGGCUGCAGUGGAGCGUGAUCGUGGCAUCCGGUAUUAUUCUGAUUCCGCCAGCAUGUGACUGGCAGCAUCACAUCGCUGCUCUGGGUAUCCUGCUGGCCUGGAUCGAGCUGAUGAUUGUGGUCGGUCGUUUCCCCAUGUUCGGCAUCUACGUACAAAUGUUUACCCAAGUGUCCAUCAAUUUCUUCAAAUUUCUCUCGGCCUACGUUUGCCUGAUAGUCGGCUUCUCUUUCGGCUUCAAUGUGCUGCACGAAAAGUAUAAGUCCUUCGCUAAUCCGCUGAUCAGUUUACUCAAAACGGUGAUUAUGAUGUCUGGUGAGCUGGAAUUCGAGGACGUUUUUUUCGAUGAGAAGGCACCGCUCAUGUAUCCUGGCACGGCACAUCUCAUGCUUCUUAGCUUCGUUAUUCUGGUAACAGUGAUUCUGACGAAUCUGAUGGUUGGCCUGGCUGUGUCAGAUAUCCAGGAGUUACGCAGAAGUGCUGGUCUCGAUCGAUUGGUGCGUCGCGCUGAACUGGUGGCUCAUCUCGAGAACAUGCUGUUCUCGAAGUUGCUCGAUUGCGCUCCCGCGUGCAAAAUAAUACAAGCGUGCAGAAGAAGCGCGCUGUUGCUACAUUCUCCGUACCACUGCGCCCUGCAUAUUCGGCCAAAUGAUCCGCGUGAGAAACGUUUACCGCGGGAGCUCAUCCGGGCGGUAUAUCGCCUGAUCAGCGAACGGAAAACGAGACGAGCGACUUUCCGUGGCGGCGUGCCACCGCAAAAUAUCGUCGCGAAUGAACCGAAUCACGAGAGACUCAGCAGAAUGUACAGCAACGAGAGUAAUCAGCAGCUGAACGAGUUUGCGGCUGAGCUGAAGAGAUGUUCGUAUAACAUCAGUACCAGGUUGGAUAGUCUGACAAACAAGAUGGAGAGUAUUGCCCGAGAUUUAAACCUAACGAUGCAUUUACAUUAACAUUGCCUAAUAUUCUGUCUUGAUCAUUUAUAUUGUUCGAAAAAAAAAACGACAAACCGAGACACUCGAAUGAUCUGCUAGAGUCCAAAAUUAAAGAUAGAAAGAUGCAAAAAUGUGAUAAGAGAUUCAAAUAAUUAGCAAUUCAAAAAUGUUUUGAGAACUUUAACGACAUAAUCAGUGGUGAUCCAAUAAAAAAAUGAAUAAAUCUAAUGAAUCGCGUAUUUCCAAAACGAUUUAUAUAGAUACAUAUAUUUAUCAUAAAUUAUAUGAAAUUCAAUUAUUUUUUUAUUUUG